AUGAGCGCCACCUCCGAAUUAGAACAUGUCCGUGGAGUUUGGGAGCGAGCCAAAAACGACAGCGCCAUUUAUCGUCUUGUCCUCUCCGAUGUUGAAAUCAUUCAUGCCACUCGCGGACACAUGCAAGCUCGCCUCAAGCUCACUUCCGACCAUGUCAACUCCCGAGGUACUAUCCAUGGGGCUGUCUCCGCUGCUAUCAUCGAUUGGGCCGGAGGCAUGUCCAUAGUCACUCAUGGCUAUGAAAAGACAGGCGCCAGCGUUGAUAUCCAUGUUACAUAUCUUUCCACGGCGAUCGUCGGAGAUCUUUUGGAUAUCUCUGCUGUUGCGGACCGAGUGGGCAAAACCAUGGCCUUUACCACUAUCAAAAUAUCGAAGGUCAUUGAUGGGGAAGUGGGUCCUUUGGUCUCGAAGGGCUCUCACACAAAGUUCCUGCCUGUUUCCAAGGAAAAUCGCACAGCAAAGGAAUGA